AUGGUCCGGCGGUUUCCCAGGCCCCUCGGCUUCCGCGGAGCCCGGGAGCUGUCCCAUUCCGGCAACGGUGAGCUGGGCCGGGCUGGCUUUGCCCCGGGAGUGGCCGCUUCUCCCCGGGCCCCGUCCUGUCCCCUGGGGGAGCCACCGGGGCCGAGGCCGGGGAGCCCCCGCCGCGUCGCCAGGCGGCGGGGCGCGCUCACCUCGGCCGCUGCUCCAUCCGCCGCCGGCGCCCGGCUCCGUCCCGCUGGAAUGAAGGCCUUUGGGGUUCUCGUGGUCUUUGCCUCCUGCCUGGUGGCUCCUGCCCACAGCAGCGUCUGACAGUUUCAGAAGAAGGUCAAACACAUCACAGGGCGGAGCGCCUUCUUCUCGUAUUAUGGAUACGGCUGCUACUGUGGCCUUGGGGGCAAAGGCACCCCCGUGGAUGACACUGACAGAUGCUGCCUGACGCAUGAUUGCUGCUACGGGAAGCUAAAGCAGCCCGGCUGCCAGCCCAUGCUGAAUAGCUACCGAUUCCACAGCGCCAGUGGGACCGUGGUCUGUCAGUGUGCCCUCGGCCCCGGUGUCAGCUGUCUCUGCAGGCUGUGGGCAUGUGAGUGUGACAGGCAGCCUGCAUACUGCUUCAUAGAGCUGCCCACCUACGAGAAAAACUUCAAGCAGUUCUUCUCUAGCCAGCCCCGCUGUGGCAAGCGGAAGCUCCAGUGCUAG